AGGCUGGUGGACCGGAGGUGGGCGUCGACGGGGAAUCUGUCGCUAGGGUUGGUUGCCACGGAGAGCGCGGUGGGCCGCUAUUGGUGCAUCGUAGAACGGGCGGGAAAACAGGUCAAGAAGGCAGUAGUGCUGCUGGCACUGGUGGACGUGAGUGUGUCUCCUGCCUCUCCGGUUCCUCAGGACAGUACGGUUAUUCUCCGGGCUGAGGCCACGCCCCCUUACGCCGUCUCCGUGGCGACCUGGUUGUCCCCGUCCGGGUCCGCCCUCCGCUCUGAGCCAAUCGCGUCGCCCGGUGGAGGUCACAUGACCAAGCUGCCGCGCUUCGGCCCUGCCCAUCAGGGGGAGUAUUCAUACUUCGCACAACCGCACGGACACACACACGCCACGCAGUUCACUAUGACAAUCAACGUCAACAUGAGUGCGGUGGUGGAGUUUUCUAAUCCUACAUUUGGCAUGGCCCAGGCGUGUGUGUGUCGAUCGCGUGCCGUGGUGGGCGUGUCCUGUCCUGCGUUGCUAGGCGACUAUCUCCUCCUUUGGUGGCGACAAGCCGACGCCCACUCCACCACGCUGGCCUAUCAGCACGACCGCUGGCGCCAGACCUCCACCAAUCACACACAGCUCCGCCUACGGCUGCUAGGCCCCGCCCCCACGGUAGCCGUGGGCAACUAUAGCUUCCUGUUUGUUCCGGAACAGAAGCAGGGCGGAACAUUCCGGUGCGAAGUCUUCCUCAACGACCGCGUACACGUCCAGGAGACACAAGUUACAGUGAUAAACGCCUUCUCCAAGCGUGGUGUCUCGGAGGUGCAGCUCUGGUGCCUGCUGUCCAACGGGGCUCAACUGCAGCGCGUCAACUGGACCCGACCCGCCAGAACCCAGACUGGCGCCCCCUUGAGGUUGGAUGGUAGUAUUGCAGGUCGGCUGGGGAUCAGCAUUCCGCUGCCCAUCACCACGGCGACCGCUGGAGAGUACACCUGCACAGCAUACCUGCCCAACGGCCAAUCAGCUUCCGCCGUUUACACCUUAGACCUGCCCACCUCCACAGGUGACAUCACUACACUCCCCGCCCCCACAACCAGGACCACCACCACCAAACCUACAG